CACAAUUCUGGACGGAUACAGAUACCGUGAUGCCAAUACACAUUUGUUGCCGUUGCGCCAGUUGCACAUCUUUGGCACCCCACCCACGAUGCUGUCCAUCUUGCGCAAGGCCAGACUCAAGGACAAGGAGCUCCGCAUUCUGAUGCUCGGGCUCGACAACGCGGGCAAAACCACCAUCGUCAAGAAGAUCAUGGGCGAAGACGUCAACACGGUCAGCCCCACUCUCGGCUUCAACAUCAGGACGAUAGACUACGAUGGAUACAAGCUCAACAUUUGGGACGUCGGCGGCCAAAAGACGUUGCGCUCCUACUGGCGAAACUACUUCGAGAAGACCGACGCGCUGAUAUGGGUAGUCGACGCCACAGACAGGCUGCGCCUCAACGACUGCAGGGAGGAGCUGCACGGCCUUCUUCAGGAGGAGCGACUCUCAGGGGCAAGCCUGCUAGUGUUUGCCAACAAGACGGACGUCAAGGGAUGCAUGACUGGCGAGGAGUUAUCAAAGGCACUUCGCCUCGAUGAGAUCCGCACCCAUAGGUGGAUCAUUCUCCGGUGCAGCGCCAUCACUGGCGAGAACUUGAGGGAAGGCCUGGCUUGGGUUGUCGACGAUGCCAAAGCCCGUCUAUUUCUGUAUUGAUCUGGUUAUCAGGGACCUCAUCAAAGGCGUUUACUUCCUGUCCUCUUUUUAGAAUGGACCCAGAAACAACCGAUUGCCACCUAACACGCUUAUCAACUAAGAAUGUACAUAUUUACAGUGAUAUUUAAGGUGAUAUAGAUCGUUGGCUCACUCGCGUGGUGAGUGUUUGGCUGCAGAUAGAUGAACAGACAAAAAAAGAAAGAAGAAGAGAAAGGAAAAGACACAUCCGACAAUCUCCAGAAAUAAC